AUGUCACCAGAUCACCACCAAAUAGUAUCACCAAAUGUUAAAAAUGACGUUCAAGAUAAGCCAAAGCUACAGUCAGAAAAGGAGCCAUAUCUAGACGGUAAUGUUGAACUAAAGAAAGAGAAUAAUGAACUGUCGGAAGAUGGCAGAAGUUAUAAAAAUGUCUCGAUCAAUCUGAUACUAAACAUUCAUGGGAGGACGAUAGACUCAAAUUCAGGAGCAGCUAGGCUACCGUCGUUGGAGUCGGCAAUUAGUUCCACAAAGCCAUUUCAGUCAAAUUUGCAAUCAUCACCUUCCUAUAGUCAAUACUAUGGUCAUUCACAACAAGGGUCAUCAAAUCUUGAUGUAAGGUUAUCAUCAGCAUCAUAUUAUGAGCCACAUUUACAAAAUUCACAAGCUGUAUCUAAUAAUUAUCCAUCAAACUUGUAUCAUAAUAAACACAUACUUCCAGAGCAUAGACCCCCAAUAACAUCAUUAGUGAAUUCAAAUUCUAAUCAAGCUACAACAAAUAACUACCCACACAACAUGGUCUCGGUACCAUAUCCACAAGUAAAUCUGUAUGCUCAAUCAACAGGAAUGAAUGUAUCACAAAGUGUUCCGGCUGGGGCUCCAUUAAACGUUUCAUAUCAUGCCUUGGAACAUCAAACUCAUCUGGCACUGGACUUAGAUCCUUUGCAUGAAAAUAAAAGAGGAAGACGAUUUAGAAGAAGGUACAAUCAAAUUGUACGGAAAUAUAGUUGUUCUUUUCCAGGUUGUGUUAAGAGCUAUGGAUCAUUGAAUCAUUUAAAUACACAUAUAGUUACGAAGAAACAUGGUCAUAGAAAAUCAAAAGCUGAUUUCCAACAUAGUCAUCUUCUAAGCGAAGAAAUUUCCAAAGGUCAUUAUAUUGAUGGCAAUGCAUCACAUUUACAUCAACAAGGUCCUCAACAAUCACAUUCUGAGUAUACAUCGGGAAACUACUGGUAUGGAUUUCCCGUUCAAGCAAGAGGAACAACUAAUCAAACAAUUCCAAUGGCAGAUCAUUCAGUGAUUGUAAAUUCGGCUCCUCCUCCGCCACCUCCACCAGUUGGUUAUAUGUAUUAUUCAUCAAAUUAUCCAGGACAACCGGUACAACAGCCGCAAGUGAAUCAGCAAAGAAUUGCUGUUGGUUGGCCACAACAAGCAGGAUAUCAACCCUUUUCGCAGCUGCAACAGACGAACUACAAUAACACAUUAAGCGAGCAAAUACUUCCACAAUCUAAUGCUGAUAAAAAUAAGGAUAAAAAUAUAAAUACAUCGCAACAUCCUAAAUAA